AUGGAGUGCAACAAAGACGAGGCUGGGAGGGCUAGGCAAAAAUGGCCGAAGCUAGAAUGCAAAGAGAUUGAAAAGUUGGCUGAUGAAGCAGUCAUAAAGAAACAGUACAGGAGGCUUGCAUUGCUACUUCAUCCUGAUAAUAACAAGUUUGCUGGCGCAGAAGCUGCUUUCAAGUUGAUUGGGCAAGCCAAUGGAGUGCUGAGUGACCGAGCAAAACGUUCUUCGUUUGACAAGAAGUUUGGAAUCUCUGCGAGAGGUGCUGCGCCGAAGGCAACUGCAAAAAAACAUCAGAAGAGUUCUGAAACACACCAUAAUUCAGAUGGAAAUGUGUUUACUGCAAAAUAUGAUGAAAAUGCAACAAAUUAUCAGAAUAAAUCUUUUUCGAACUCCGAUUGUUUCAACAACCAAGUUGGACUGAUGACAUUCUGGACAUCUUGCGAACAUUGUAAUUCGAAUGGGUGUCUCACCGUCAAUGUUUACUUCAGAAAACGUACUGCCAUGUUUGCGCGGUCAAAUACUGCUAUGAAAAAAUGUGCUGCUGGAGUUGAUGCUCAUUGUGAAGCUGAAAAGAGUAAAAAUGGCUGUGUUCCUGUAUUCAAAGGCAUGGAGUCACAAUCAUAUAAAAAUGUUGGAAGUAAGAGAGUAAGGCAGUCAGCACCAGAUUCAGGAGAAAUCUUCAAAGCUAGAACUGGUGAUGAGAUGAGAGAUGCCAAUGACCGAGAAAACGUUCUUGAUCCUUCAAGAGUUAAUGCUAGGAGAUCUACAAGGAAAAAACAUGUUUCAUAUGUGGAAACCUUUGAAGGUGACGAUCUCAAAAUUCCUUCCAAAACUCCACGACCAAAUGAACCGCUUGAUGCCGAUGACGUUGAGAAUAAGAAUGUUCCCGCAAAUUUCAAUGAUUUUGAAAAGGAUAAGGAGGAGGAUUGUUUUGCUGUUAAGCAAAUGUGGGCAGUGUAUGAUAACUUCGAUUUGAUGCCAAGAUUUUAUGCUAUUGUCAAGAAAGUGAUUUCCCCUUUCGAGUUGCAGAUUUCUUGGUUGGAACCUGAUCCAGACGACAAAGACGAGGUUGAUUGGCAUCAUGCACAUUUUCCUAUUUCCUGCGGUAGGUUCAGACUCGGUCGUUCUCAGAAAAUUUCAUGUCGUACUACUUUCUCUCAUCACGUGCAGUGCGUCAAAGAAACUGGCAAACGUUCUUACCUGGUAUUCCCUAAUAAAGGAGAAACUUGGGCAAUUUUUAGAGUUUGGGAUAUCAAAUGGAGUUCUAAUCCAAAAAAACGUUCUGAGUAUGACUAUGAAUGUGUGGAAAUCCUUUCAGAUUUUUCUAAAGAUGUUGGCAUCGCAGUUGCAUAUCUGCGCAAAGUGAAAGGAUUUCUUAGCCUCUUACAGAAAACUGGGAAGAAUGGAAUGGACAUAUUUUAUGUCGGGCCUAAUGAGCUAUAUAGGUUCUCGCAUCAAAUUCCUUCGUAG